CUGCGUCCUUCUCCAACUGGGUCAAGUGACCACUGCACUCACUACUCCCCAAGGCCGCCCUUCUAAUUAACCGCUCCGAUGACCCCAUAAUGUCACGAGUGCAUAUCCUCACCCCUUGAGCGUCGGGACGUCUGGUGGAGCGGAGGCGCCGGCACGUCGUGGCGUCGUUCGUAACCUCGAUGGUCGCGCACGUUGUUUGCUGUAUACUUCUUUUCAUUUUCAUCUUGGACGGUCACGUCAACAGUAUGCUGGUGCACUUGUGGUUUCUCACGUUUGCGGUCGUCGGGGUGCAGAGGGGCUUUUCUCUCAAAUGCUACAGCUGCCUCUCCAGCGAACCCCGCGAUGCUUGCAUCAAGCUGGACAAGAGCAAAAUUCCCCUAAAAUCUUGCGACAUCACCGAAUUGGCGCAAACAGAGCGCUAUGCCAAGCAAAUCCAAGAAGACAUGGGAAGACUAUACGAAGUCCACGCAGCCCAGGAGCCCCUCUUUCCUCUAAACUGCUUAAAACAAGAAAUUCUGCAUGGAAAUAAACACUACGUUCUGCGAGGUUGCCAGCUCGCCAGGAGCGACAACUUGGAUAUCUGUCUCAAGGUGAAGAAGGAGAAGGACGAUAAUGAUAAUCUUCGUAUGAAAUAUUGCUCCUUGUGCAGCGGGGACGGCUGCAACGCCGCCGUCCAGAAGGGUCCUCUGAUGUCGUUGGUCGGCACAAUCGCUGCGACGCUUGUCACUUUUUUGAUAUAUUACCGAAUGUAAAAAAAAUACGGAGAAUAGGAUUAGGUUAGGUUUAGAUUAUUUGUAAGCUUGGAUAGACUCUCUUUUGUACAUAUUAGGUGGAUUAAGUGCGAUUUUUGCUUGAAGUUGGGCUGAGAGGGUUCCGGUGCUUGAUUUGGGGUGGGUAAAUGUAAGAAUAAAGGUGUUUUAAUACGUGGAAA